UGGUUACACACAGUUGUAACAGUGAGGCCAGUUGCUCUGAGAGAUUUAUUGAUUCUACUGUAUCCAUUGAUUCUGCCAUUUCUAUAAUUAUGGCCUAAAGGAUCUACUGCUGUUAAGAACUUUGAAUGCUAUUGGCUUCGCGACUGAUUGACAAAAGUUAUAUUAGAGCACACCAUUGGAAAAACCCAGCAGGAUGAACAUCACAAACAUCUUCUCCUUUGUACUGCUCAGCGUCGUGUCGUUGGUCGUUGGAAAACAAGACCAAAAUUGCAUGACUGGAGUGGAAAUAAUUUUUGAGUCUAGCCAGACUUUACUGUCAAAGUGGCUUCAGCACCACUGGCUAGGCAUGACUACAUCAUCCGACCUAAAGCAAGUCUUCAGGAAAUGUAUCCUGGAAACGAGAGAUAGUCUCUUUGGGGGGACUAUACUCAAUCAGAUUGCCAGGUCUUACAGUGUCUUCCCGAUCGAUCUCAUUGAGAAGAUUCUGCUCUACCUGGAAGAUGAAAGUUAUGACAUCUACAUCAUUUGGAUGGACAAUGAUGGAGACAUACCACUACACUCGGCCAUUAAAGGAAUGGCUGAUAAACACUAUGUGACAGUUUUUGCUAAUACGUACCCUAAGUACACCAAGAAUAUUCUCCUUGCGAAGAAUAACAAAGAAGAAGUCCCGCUCGAAUUAGCAUUUGAGUUAGGCCACUUUGAAGCAGCAGAGGUGCUAUUAGAAUUGUCGAUCAGCUAUGGGGUACUAGCACACUUGACGGGGGUCCAUGCACUCGCUGGCACCACGCUUUUACACAAAGCGUUCCAGCGAGGUCACGUUAACUUCUUCAGAAUUUUACUAAAAGUCUGUGAAAAACUAAAUGUGCAAAUUCUACCUGUGCUCUUGAUCCCAGACAGUCGAGGCAACACGCCAUGGCACUAUCUGAUGAACAGGAACAAGCACCAUGAGAUUGAAAGUGUGCUGUCCCUGUGCCAGAAGUACGACAUUGAUACGAAUGACCUUCUUCUGGACCUUCAAAGAGGAACGAGGAUGCUUCAUGCAGCAGUCCGAAAGAAUGACGUACAGUGUGAGAAAACGCUUAGAAAAUAUGGCGCAAAGGACAUGCCUGACAAUGAAGGAAUUUGGCCAGCACAGCGAGAUCAUCGCCUUAGCAAUGUAUCCACCCAUCAGCACGUACAUCCCAUUACAAGUGUCAAAGAGCUGUACUCGAUGUUGGAGGAUAUUGGUAACUGGGAGGCACUGUGUGUAAACCUGGGUAUCAAAACUGGGCUAAUCGAUGAGUUAAGACACUCUCGCUUGGAAGUGUCUGUCUUGAAGCUUAGAUGCAUCGAAGCUUAUGUGAACACUGGAGAGGCCACUUGGGAAGACGUAAUUCUAGCAGUGACGCUUUACCCGAUAAUGAAUACAAGUAUAGCUAAUAAAAUAGCACAAAAGUAUCUUAGCUAACAGAUGGCCUUACUUCACAGUGGUCGUUCGUUUCAAAAUUUAUGUUACAUUUCAUUUUUAGUGCAUUCAUUAAUUAUUCACAUUCAUUGAA